AUGCCUUUGAAAUAUAAUGGAUACACACCAAAACACGACAUUGAUUUCUAUCAUUGGCGUUCUGACACUGCUGAAAAUAAUCCCCAACAACGAAAAGACAUUAAUAUAUAUCUGAAUCACUAUCUUAAACCCAAACUUCCUGAAGGAGUAAUUAUUUUGGAUGUUUCUAGUAAAAGAGAUUUUUUUAGUGUAACUAACAAUCCGCUCUUUCCGUUCAACAUCCGUGGUGGAACCGAUCUUAUAUUGGUCGAGGAAGGUGCUGUUGAGACAGGACUUGUUCAAGCAGGAAUACGUGCAAUUAUUGAAUUGAAAAAGAAUGUGCAAGACAAUCAUGCAAAACAAGUUAUUAUUGAAAUGCUUAUAGCAGAUCUUUGUGUAUCUGAUGAAAUUAAAGUCUUUGGAGUAUUGACAGAUCUGGUAAAUACAUGGAACUUUUACUGGAUAGAAAAGGAAAGAAGAAUUAAAUCAAUGCGUUUGUCGCAUCGUGAGAAAGCGCUUGAUUUAAUUAGCCAGCUAGUGAGCACUACCCAGAAGAAAGAAUCAAAAAAUGUAACUUUCGGAAACAUAAAAGUGUAUCGUGAGAAAGUUAAACAAGCUUUUCCCGUAAAAAACGACUCUGAUAAUGAUAUAGCCAGAAUAGAGGAUCUUUAUGAUGAUAUGAGCACAGAAGAGAUACGAGAAUAUGAAAUGCAAGUAUAUUCUGAUCGUUGUAUUCGUGAGAAGCUCUUGUUCUUUGUUAGAGAAUUUAGUGUGGUUACAAUACAUGAAAGACAAGCCAAAAUAUAUAUUUCCAAAACACUCGAUCUUCAAUCUAAUAACCCUACGGUGCUAAAAGCAUAUGCGUAUCUUGCAAAGCAGGCAAAGGAACAACCUUUCUGUGAACAUCCUGAUAUUAUAAUUAGGUUGUCGAAUGAAAAUUCUCAAUCGGAGCCGCCACAAAGAUAUUCGUUUCGUGCACGCAAGAACAAUUCUAACAGCGCUCCACAAGUAAGAACGGAACCGCCAGGCUCAGGAAACUUUCAGUCUGGCAAUUUCGUCGGGGAAUAUCUGGGUUAUGGCAGGAGUGGAACUACGUUCAGUUGUAAAUACAAUGGGCAAGAUAUAGCCCUAAAACUUACUGAUUUGUCAAAAAAGAAAUUCCUUUUACCCGAACUAUUAAAAGAAAUAGAAAUCUAUCACUUUCUCGCGGAUCUUCAAGGGUUGUUCAUACCAAAAUUGGUAGGCUAUGGGUAUAUGUGGGAUAAGAUGUUUUUCGCUAUUGCAACAACCAUUGUCGGCAAAUCGUUGGAGCACAGCAUAACCAUUAACAGAAUACAGGAACAGAAUGCUUAUAAAGCAUUAAUUGAAAUACACAGACACAACGUUAUCCAUAACGAUAUCCGAAAAGAAAACAUUAUCCUUAGCAAUGACAGGAAGAGCGUUUUUAUUAUUGACUUCGGAUUAGCAACUAUCGAUAAUAAUAAGGUAAAACAACAAAAAGAGAUGGAUCAGUUGCGCUGUUUGUUAAAAGAGAUGGUGGCAUAA